ACCAAAAUUAAAAUUUGAAAGUAGCCAUCUUGACUCUUUACAUGUAUAGCCAAUUUGUGCACAAUAUAGAUUGAAAAUAGAAAGAGAAAGAACAUAAUUAGAUGUGCCAGGGUAGCUUACUUGUAAAAUAUAAUUUGUUAUUUAUAACCUAAGAUGAAUUAAACCGAGACCAAUGACCCGAAGAGCCUAUCAAUACACGACCACCUGCAAAAAUUGUUCUUGCUACUUUCCUGACGAAAGAAAAACAUGGACUCUUUCAAAAGUAAAUACGAAGAUAAAAAUUGAUAACAUUAUGCGAUUGUGGCAUGGCUUAGCUGGCUGACUUACAUUUGGGGAAAAUGUUGCUGAGAAAAAGAAAAUGGCGACAAUCUAUUCUAGUCUUGUUGCUCGUUGCAUGGUUUUCAAGAGGAUUCUGCAAGGCAACAGACAAUGAUAAUGAUGAUCUUGGUAAAAAGAUUGAAGAAGAGGGGCAGUCAAUAGACAAAGUUAGCUCAAUGAUUGAGCAUUCGACUGAAAACAUGGAGGAUGAGAUCGAGAAGGCAGGUGAAAAAAUUGAUUCGCCAGAUGCAGAGAAACGAAUAAUGGUGGCCGGAAAAAAGGUCGACGAUUUAGCUGAAGAAAUGGAAAAAGAGACCGAGCUAAAAGGCCAAAUGAUAGAGAGGUUCAUGCAGUCAACAGAAAAAGAAUCUGGGGACAAGUUGACCAAAGAAGUUGAAAAAGGAGCCAAACACGAAGAAAUUGGAAACAACAAGAAAGAAAAAGAAGAAACCGCUCCUGAUAGAAGAACAUUUGAAAGGCAAGAAAAUCUGAGACAAAAACUGGAAGAUCUUGUAGAAAUUCAAGGAAAGAAAGUUGAAGCGAUUGGCAAUGAAAUGGAAAAGAGUAGAAGAAAUCUUAUACGAAAUGAUAAAAGGAAACAGUCGCGUAGCAAAGUUCAACAGCGGACGGCCAGAAAUCAAAGGUCACAUGAAAAGGUCAAAGUUCGGCUGCAGGAUAAAGUGCGGAAAUUUAAGAAUCACGGUUUAAAGUAUGUUAAUAAGAAUGCAACGAAAAGGAGAGUUAUUAUUCCCGUGAACCGAGGUAAACUCAAAAAGCUAAUGCUUUAUUAUUAUAUAAACGACAAAAUAAAAAAUGGUGAACUGAAUUCGCAUAAUCUAGCAAAAUUCUUUGACCAUAUAAAACAGCUAUCGCUAGAUGACAAAGAAAGUCAGAACAAAGGAAAAGGUUCUGACAAACUUGAAUUUACUAAAGACGAAGAAGAAAAGAAAGCAAAUCAACAUGGUUUAGAAAAAGAUACUUCAGAUUUAAAGGAUAUAUUAAGCAAAUUCUUGAACACUAAGAACAAAGAAGAUGAAAGUAACCAUUUGGAUGAGCAAAAUGAAAAGGAACCAAGUUUUAAAUCAAUAAUUGAAUUAUUAGAAAGUAAGGGUGAAGCAAAAGGAAGCACGCCAGUCUCCACUGCUGAUGACGACACUGCAGAUAUCGAGAGUUUGAAAAAUACAGUUUCGAAGAAAGAGGCAGAUGACAAAAGUGACGUCAACGGAAAUAUAUUUACGAACGACCAGGUGCACAAAAUGCUUGAUAAAAUCAAAAUGAUUAACGCAACGAUAUUUCAAAUGGAGAAGAAGAAAAAAAAAGAGAAAGAAAAAUCGUCAAAAAAGAAAUGUCUAGAUUCGAACUGCGUCGGGCGUGCAUUGAUAACAUUGCUCGAUGACGCGUUGCAUGCAGUGAAGCAAGAAAAAACAGAAAAAGUUGGCGGUGACUUGAAUCUUCCGGUUGUUCCUAAAGCUAUAAAGGAAAUGGGUCAAACACGGUCAAAGUCUGAUCCGUAUGCGGGAAUUGGUUUUGCAGAGACACAAGAAAAGACAGGAGAAGCUGAUGGAGAGUCAACUGGUUCUGAAAGGCACUUAUCGCCACAUGGUGUUGACGUCAUCGGCACUAGUCAUCCAGUUGGGAUGCUGUCAGAACGGGCGCAUUUGCGAUAUAAUCACCAUGACGAUGAUGACGACGACAAUGAUGAUGACGAUGAAGACGACGACUACCAUCACGGGGGCUAUCAUCAUUUGCCAAUGAUUGGCUCUCAUUUCCCGCUACAAAUGCCACAUUCGAUGCACCAUGUGCAUCACCACGUGCAUCAUCUUGUACAUGAUGAUGAUCACCAUGGAGAUGAUCACCGUGGCUACUUUGGUGGCUCCCGUGGCUACCAUGGUCACACGAUGCCAAUUCGAACCAACCACCAUCAUGACGAACAUGGGUACGUGGAACCCUUGAAUGUGGAUACGGCCCCCAUGCCCCAUUAUCCAGAUAGGCAUGUACACGAUCACCUUGAUGUGGAUACGCUUCUACGAGGCCACCCAUUCAACUACCAUCAUCACACACCAGACGUCGCACUGGAAGGGCCAAUCUCUACGUCAUCAGUGUAUGACGACAUGCAUCACAUGCUUAACGGCCCAGGAAUCCAUGAUCAACCUGAUGUGCACUAUGAGGUUGAGAUGCACGCACACCCAUACCACCACGAGACACACCAUGAAGAUGACCACGAGGACAAUGACGAACAUGGUGACCAUGGCGACGACGAGUACCAGGAGGAUGAUUAUCAUGAAGGCCAUAAUGGAAACGACCAUGAAAACAACUUACAUGGGGACAAAAAACACACAAUAGAAAAAGCAAAAAAGAAAACACAGUUUAAAAGGAAAACAGCAAAAAAGGCACACAAAGUCAACAAAAUAAACAAGAAAAAACGAGAAAGACGGCAUGAGAAUGAGGACGAAGACGAUGACGACGAUGAUGACGUCAGAGUAGAGAAGGUUCCAAGAAACGGACACGGUGUGGCAAGAUUAAGCUAUUUGACGCAAAAGAAUGGUGAAGAUAUGGAACAUGAAAUAAACGAAGGAAUACUUGACGUUGAAGAUGUAGGCAGAAGCAUUGAAGAAAAAGUACAACGAGGAGUCGAUCGAGUGACUGAAAUCAGCAAUCAUGACGUCGAAGCUCCUGAUUACGACAGUGAAGGUCAUAUGGAGCCAACAAUACACAGAGAAGAUAUUGAAGAAAGCGGGGACGAUUAAGAACUAUAGCCGAAGGACAAAAUUCACGAGUAUAAUGAAGAAUGAUGACAAUAAUUUUGAAAAUAAAUAUAAAUAUAUAUUGACGAAGAAGAUUAUAGAAGAAAAGUCAAAACUAGAAAGAUAAGAAAAGAAGUCUAAGGUGAUACAGCAUAUUAUAGAUGAAAAAAUUGGCUACAGAACGAUGGAAUAAAUGGUUGCCUUGAAUUGGGAAAAAAGAAAUGACUAGAAAACAUUCUUUAUCUGACGACUAUGAAAUAGAAGAAUCGGAGGGAAGAUAAAAGCAAAUAAGAUUACAUAGGAAAACGAAGAUGACGUGGAACAUUAGAUGAGAUGGCAGGAUAAGGAAAUUUUUUAGAAAAUAAAAAAUGUCUAUAAGGUAGAUUUCCAUGAGCUGAAUAAUUCGCUGCAAUGAAAAUUUUAACAGCAAAAUUACCCUCUGAUUUCCUCGAUGAUGUGAACAUUAAGAUCACUAAACAUAAGCAGUCUUUUGUUCGUCAGGAGGAUUUGCAUUCUUGUAGGCGAAGCAUUAUUGAAGGCGAAGAAUUAUAAGUCACGAAGAAGAAGGAGCAGCUUCAAUGUUCCCGGAAAAAAUAUAUCAUUAACAGGAGUAAACAAUUAAACUUUCCAUCCUUGUAUAUAAUUAACUGCCAAAAAUUCCCUGAUCUGCCUUUAUGAACCAUAAAUAAGUAAAAUCCAGCAGAUAUGAUCGAAAUAAGCUCAAAGUUCACCAAAGAUCUUUGAGAUUUGGUUAAUAAGAGUGCCAUGUUUACUUUUUGAUAGUUUUAAUAGUUUCAAAUAAUUGUUCUAGAAUUUAAAAUUGACAUUUAAAGUAUAUUGAAUCAUUCAAACAUUUUGUGUAAUACGUAUUGAUUUUGUAAAAAGAAAUUUGGUAGAAAUUGAGAAGAAAAAUAAAAAUUAGCAAACCA